AUGGCAACUAUGAAUGAAAAGAAGACCUGUAGCCAAAGAAUGGAAAAUUUCCAGCAUUUCAUGUGGAAUCCAGACACAGGACAGUUCAUGGGAAGAACCUUGAUUAACUGGGUAUGGAUUGUUCUGUACUAUUUUGCAUUCUAUGUGGUGAUGGUUGGGCUGUUCGCACUUUCUCUAUAUUCUUUAAUGAGGACCAUGAAUCCGUAUACACCAGACUACCAAGAUCAGCUAAAAUCACCAGGGGUAACAUUACGACCCGAUGUUUAUGGAGAAAAAGGCCUGGAAAUUUAUUACAACGCUUCUGACCGGGACUCCUGGAUUCGCUAUGUUAAGAUUCUUGAGACUUUUCUUUCAGCAUAUAAUGAAACUGCACAACAAGAUAAUAUCAACUGUUCCGAAAUAUCUGGAUACUUCAAGCAAAAGCAAUUUGACGGACCACAAAACACAAAAUAUUCUUGCAAAUUUCCAGAAGAGUUGCUUGGGAACUGCUCUGGUGCAGUGGAUUCAACAUUUGGUUUUCCAGAAGGAAGUCCAUGUUUAAUAAUAAAAAUGAACAGAAUUAUCAAUACUUUUCCUGGCAAAGGCACUGCACCAAAAGUGAACUGCACAAGACUGGAUGACACCAGCCCGCUGGACAUACAAUAUUAUCCUGUAAAUGGAACUUUUAACCUUCACUAUUUCCCCUACUAUGGAUGUAAAGCACAGCCUACCUACAGAAAUCCACUUGUAGCAGUGAAAUUUCUCAACAUUCCCAAAAACACAGAUGUAAGCAUGGUAUGCAGAGUUGUUGGUGCUGGAAUUACUUCAGAUAAUCCACAUGACCCAUAUGAAGGAAAAGUGGAAUUCAAAAUUCGGAUACAAAAUUAACAGCAACUUUCAGGAAGCUCACAACCUACAAGCUUUACCAAUGACAUGGGUCUACAUUUUGGGUACCAAUUUGUCUCUGCAUACACCUAG